AUGUUGUCGAGAGUUUGUGUGGUUCGUGGAAAUGCGGCUGCUUUGCUGCAGAAUUCACUGCGGAUGGCAUCUGCGAAAAUCCGUAAGGAACGAGACACUUUCGGUGAACUCGAGGUACCCGCAGACCGAUACUAUGGCGCACAAACAGCACGAUCCAAGAUGAACUUCAAAAUUGGAGGCCCUGAAGAACGUAUGCCAUUGCCCGUCAUUCAUGCAUUCGGUAUUCUCAAGAAGGCCGCAGCUGAAGUGAACAAAGAGUUCGGAUUGGACCCAAAAUUAGCCAGUGCGAUCAGCCAGGCUGCUGGUGAGAUUUCGAUUUGCUGGAUUUUUCCAAUUAAUACAUUUCUAAUCCCACAAAUCCUUAAUUCUUGUUUUGAUAAUGUCUUUCUUCUGUUCACUUUUUCACUCAAUAUCUCAUGUUUAUUAUGCAAACUAUCGGUGUGA